AUCCGAGUACCCGAUAAAAGUGGCACGCGCGACGACGAACAUUUACGGAACCUGAGAGAAAGAGAACCCAAAAUCCCCAUUCCGCAGUAUCGUCAUCUCUCUCUCUCUAGCCCACGACGCAACGUAACCUCCGCCAACGUGAGCGGGAGAGCAAACAUCGCUUGUUGCUUCUCUCUUUCUCCCUCUACCAUCUAAACUUAUAUCCCUCAUUUUUCUUCGUUCUUUCUCUCCCUCUCUCUCAUCAAUCGACGCUGCUACUCUCGCCCUCCCGGCACUUCCAGGUUUACUUGUAAAUGGCAAAAGUUAGCAAGGUGCGGCGGAAGUCCAAUUACUGGUCCAAUUACUGGUCUCGUAGGGUAACCCCAUAUCUGUUACCAUCCAAACCCUUGAAGGUUUUGGAAGAUAUCCACCAAAAGAAAAGGUGCGCAAAAGCAACAGAGAAGAAAGAGUGGGUAGAUGCCACUUGCUCAGUUUGUUUGGAAUACCCUCACAAUGCCGUUCUCCUCCUUUGUUCCUCCUACAACAAGGGGUGCCGUCCUUAUAUGUGUGCCACUAGCGAUCGCUAUUCCAACUGUCUUGAGCAGUACAAAAACGCUUACACUAAAGUUACUUCAACCCAGAGUGGAGAACCAUGGCAUGGGUCAAACAAUGAUUUGGGUUUCAAUUUGGGGUUAGGUUGCCCCACUGAAAAGAUGGAAGCAUCAGAACUUUUGUGCCCACUUUGCCGGGGACAGGUGAAAGGUUGGACAGUGGUGGAACCGGCACGCAAGUAUCUUGAUACCAAGAGGAGGACCUGCAUGCAAGAUAACUGUUCAUUUGUUGGAACUUACAAAGAAUUAAGGAAGCAUGUAAGGAUAGAGCACCCAUGGGCACGCCCCAGAGAAGUGGACCCUUCACUUGCAGAGAAAUGGAAAAGGCUUGAGCAUGAGAGAGAACGAAAUGAUGUGAUUAGCACAAUUAACUCAUCAGUGCCUGGGGCGAUUGUUUGGGGGGAUUAUGUAAUAGAGGGGAACUCUCGAGGGUUUUCUGGAGCCUUCGAUUUGAAUGACUAUUUUGGCGAUACUCUUUUCAGGUUGGAACCAUUUGGUGGAGGCCGGAAUGAUCAUGUCAACUCACAUAGGAUUUUUGAGAGGGGUUAUCAAUCAUUGGAUGAGGAAGAUGUUGGGAUGCGUCAUCCUGGUAUUUUAACCACAUCUGGACGUAUUGAUAAUUAUAUCUCCAGUCUUUCCCACUACCACAACAGAUUGUUGUCUGGGAGGUCGAGGAGGCGGCGGAGGCGCGAAUCAGCUAGUGGAGGCAGGUAGUUUACUCUACUAGAAUUAUAGAAAAGAAGGGAGCAGGGAAGACAUGGGCUUCAGCUCUUUUACAAAUUUGUUGUCUGGCAUCCGGUUCUUAUUGUCAUCCCAUGGCACAUUACUGAUAUACUGCAGCAUUCUCGUCAUUUGAUUGGGAAGUUGAAGUUGAGAAAGUGGCAGCAUCCGGAUCAAUAACUGGUCGACAAUAGCAUCAAUGAAGCAAAUCCAAAGCCUUGCCCCCUAUUGCAGAUGUUUAGUUCUGUGAAAUCAAGUUAAUUUAGUUGAUUGUUCUCUCAUUUAAUUAUGCGCACAGUAGUCAUUUGAACAAAAAAUAGAAAGUGUCCCCUUUUCAUAUUUAUCUUGUAACUCCUGUCUUUGCUUUCUUUUCUAUUUUUGUGUCAAUAUUCUCCUAGUUGUUUCAUGUACAGAUUGAAUAAGAUUUGGAAAAACAAUUUCCUUCUGUA